AUGGACUUGCCUGGGAAGCCUUGGGAGCACCACAUAUUGAAGCAUGACCGCGAAGACCCAACCAAAGCAUUCCGGUGUGAAAAGUGUGGCAAGGUUUUGGGAGAUGUUUCGGAGCUUCGCAAGUUGCAAGGCAAGGUUCCUGUGCCUACAGAACAAGAGCUGCAGCCAAGGCCAGUUGCAACUCCUGUGAGGGAUGGCGGCUCUAAGACCCCUGCGUCCAGCUCGCUUGAUGAGCAACUAGCUGUCCAACUUCAGGUUCAAGAAGAAGAGGCCGAGCUUGUGCGUCUUGAAGCUGACAUGCAAGAGCUGAAGGCGCUGGAGAUGGAAGAGCAAAGUCUCAACCUGCUUUUGGCUGAGCUGGAGGAAGAGGAAAAGGAACUUGAAAACUUGACCUUGGAGUUUUCAAGGCUGGAGUGCAAUGCCAAACCUUCGAACCCGGCGCCUGUGCCGUUUGGAACGGACAACAUGGAGACUUUCCCAAUGCCAGAGCAUUUCAUUCCAGUAAAAGCCGAGGUGACAGAGGGGGGUGAUGCAUUUGAUGCUGAUCUGUGGUCGAUAGCAGAGCCCGAAGGACAUGUCUACCCACCUGAUCCUCUCGCCAAGAAUCCAUAUUGCCUGAAAGUGGUGUCGUAUGCCGCUUGGGGUCCCAGGUCCGAAGAUCCAUCCAAAAGCCCUCCUGAGAUUAAGAAGGCUCCAGUUCAGGAGAACUCCAUGCAGUCCAAGGUGAUGAAGGAGGAGGUGACAAGUGUGGAGUCUGAAAAGAAAGGGUCUUCGCUUGAGGAAAAGCCUGAGGAAGCUUCACGUGAGGAGAAGAACAUGUCUCAAGGUGAGUCUGGCCUCGGAAAUGAAAACGGCAGGAACGAUGAUCGUCCUGCAAUCCUUGACACUGUGGAGCCCAUCACUCCAAAGCAGCAAAGAGAAUCAUUUCCCAAGAGGAAGCGCAACAAGAACAAGGAUCAGGAUGAUGAGGAAGACGAGGACGAGGAAGAUGAAGAAAAUGAAGAAGAUGAAGCCAGCAAGGAAAGUGGUUCCAAGAAGAAGGACGCAAGAAAGAAGAACAAGGAGGAAGGAAAGCCGGCAGGAGGUCGCAGGCGCAAGAAGAAGGAGGAAGAAGACCAGGAAGAGGAUGAGAAGGAAAAGGCAAAGCCUAAGCCGGCAGGAGGUCGCAAGGGACAAAAGAAGAAGGAAGACCAGGAAAAGGAUGAGAAGGAGGAGGAGGAGGAAAAGGAUGUGAAGGAGGAGGCAAAGCCGGCAGGAGGUCAGAAGCGAAAGAAGAAGGAUGAAGAAAACCAGGAAAAGGAUGAGAAGGAAAAGGCAAAGCCGGCAGGAGGUCGCAAGGCAAAGAAGAAGAAGGAAGAAGACCAGGAUGAGGAGGAGGAAGGAAAGUCAGCAGGGUCUCAGGAGGGCAAGAAGGAAGAAAAGGGUAAAGGUAAACGGACCGAAGAGGAAAGGGAGAAGGCCAAGUGUGAGACCAAAGCCAAGCAGUCUCGAAAGUCAUCCGCGUACCAUGUGGCGAAGCGGAAAGCACUCCAGGAUGGCAAAUCUUUGCCAGAAGCGCUUGCUGCCGCGAAACUCGCAUCUUGA